AUGGGGGGCCAACCAUACAAUAUGAAUAAGAGCUUUGACUUUAUUAGUGUGAUAGAAGCCUGUGGACUCACUGAUUUGGGGUUCUGUGGGCAGAAGUUCACCAGGUGCAACAAUAGAGACAAAGAUGCUAGGAUUUGGAAAAGACUUGACAGGGCCAUGGUUAAUGAUUCAUGGUUAGAAAUCAUGCCUGUAACAACUGUUAGUCAUUUGGCUUCUACAGGAUCUGACCACUGUCCUCUACUACUUGAAGGUGUGGCAAGACAGGGUAAUGCUACCAAGUACUUCAAAUUCUUACACUGCUGGACAGACAAUGUGAACUUCCUUAGCACUAUAAAAACAUGCUGGGAUAAUUCUGUGGAAGGUAAUCCAAUGAGAAGUUUCCAACAAAAACUGAAAAGAGUUUCUAAUACUCUCAGUAAAUGGUCAAGAAAUGAGUUUGGGGACCUCUUUGCUUCAGUUAAAGAAUAUGAAGAGCAGAUGGUUACAGAGGAGCAGAAUGAGGGCCUACAAUCUUUACCUACUAUGGAGGAAUUGAAGAAAGUGGUAUUCUCCAUGAGCUCUACAUCAGCUGCUGGACCAGAUGGAAUGAAUGGGAAAUUAUAUCAAUCAUGUUGGGAUAUCAUCUGUGAAGACUUACUGCGAUUAGUUCAGUACUUUUUCAAUGAACAUGGUCUUCCCAAGUUCAUUUCUCAUGCAUGCCUAGCUCUACUGCCAAAGAAUGAGCAUUCUAACAGUCUCUCAGAUUACAGACCUAUUUCUCUUAGCAACUACACUAACAAGAUUAUUUCUAAGUUGCUAAGUCUCAGAAUUACCCCAAUUCUGCCUCAACUAAUCUCAGAAAACCAAUCUGGUUUUGUUAAAGCCACUUCAGGACAGCUUAUCAACAAAGAUAAGAGUCAGCUCAUGAUGCCAUUGAAUACUCCAGCAGAUAUAGUGGAAAGGGUCAGCAUGAUCACAGGAUACAAAUGCACUAAUGGACCUAUCACUUACUUGGGCUAUCCACUUUAUAUUGGACGCCAAAGGAUCAUAUAUUUCACUAAUAUGGUUGCUAAAGUUCUAAACAGAAUCAGGGGCUGGCAGACUAAGAUGUUGAGCUAUGAAGGUAGAGUCACAAUGGUGAAAUCAGUGCUGCAAUCCAUUCCUAUACACCUGGUGUCAGCUAUCAGCCCAACCAAGACCACUAUGAACCAGAUCAAAAGGCUCAUUGCUGAUUUCUUUUGGGGAUGGAACACUGAAAGAAGAAAAUACCACUGGGCCACAUAG